GACUCGCAGUUCGAGUCAGUGCGGAAUAUGGCGGGUAUCUUCGGAAGUGAUGCCCUCCGGAGCUUGGCGGCGGCGACGCCAGCCGAGCAGGUCGAGCGGGUGAGCGCGUUUGACGAGUACGAACGCGGGCUCAUCGCUCAUGUGCAGGGAAACCUGCUGGCUCAGAUGAGUGAGCCCAAACGGGUGCAGCCUAAGCCUUUGCGGCUAGCUGUGCCUCCGUUCGAAGGGAAGGACGGUGAGAAGCUUCACUUCUGGAUCCAGGAGAUCGAGAUGGCAAUGAGCGCAGGUCUCAUCUCGGCUGAGAACCUUCGAGUCGCCGUUGCGCUCUCCAAUUUUGGUGAACGUGCCAAGACUUGGGCAUACACUUCGGCCGGAACCUGCCCGGCCGCAGUGAUUUCUCGAUCUCACAUCGUCGAGCGUACGAGCGCGGGUUUUCGGCCCGCC